CUUCUUUAAUCAGCUAAACGGGAACAACGAUUGAAGCAGGUCAGCAUAUGCAUUCGGAACACCAGUAACCAACCGGCGUCCACAAGCUCGAAUUGUACUCAACUUAAGGCUGAAGGAUUCAAAUUCAUGGCUUUAACCAAUUUUAUCUUGACGGUGGCCGGCGUUAGCGCCGUGGUUCUUCUUUUGAGGAGCGAUGUGAAGCAAUCGGCUUCAAUCUUCAGGCGCAACGUCAAGCACAUUCGCAAGUGGCUUGAAGAGGAAUCCAAGGCUGUGGAGAACACAACCAAGGAGCUGGAGUCCAAGACUUCUCAGAAAGAUAUUCCCAAGGAUGACAAGCACUAAUGUCAAUAUUGGUUAUUUAGCAAUGUAAAUCUUUUAUUAAGUCAAUCUCUCCCCACUCACCCAAGUUUUGUUGUCCAUUUCACAACACAAAAAAGUCUCUUUACUUUUUACUGUUCCUUUCCAUCCCAGUUUAGUAUCUGAUCCCUUUGACCAAGAUGAAAAAUAAUGACCACUUUUGGUUACAUAGAAACCCUAGUUUGUUAAACAAGAUAUCUUUAAAUCCUUAUAUUUUUAAUGGAAGAGUAUUGUUUUAUAUGAUUGA